CUAAUCAGAAGGCGAGAGCCGGACGUCAGCAACAACAGACUGUCCCACAGUGAGAGCACAAAUACCCAUGAGCCAGGCACAGGGAGGGUAUAAAUACCCCGGGCAAAUGCUCAGCCUCACUCAGACCUGGAGAAGAGCAACAUCUGUCAGGCCCCUUCUAAGAAACUGCAAAAGACAUCAGCAUCUUCAUGGCCUGUCAGGGUCACCUUGUGUUCCUGCUGAUAGUUCUCUUGGCGGUCAGCACACAGUUUUCAAAUGCCCAGCACUGGUCACAUGGUUGGUAUCCAGGCGGAAAAAGGCAGUUGGACAUGCGAUCAUUUCCAGAGAUUUCAGGGGAUCUUAAGCCCUGCGAAGGAGAAAGAUGCGAUUACCAGACAAAUGAAAUGAGCAUUCUGAAGGACCUCAUGGCCCGAUUCAUGUUUCCAAGAGAGCGCCAGAGAAAAUGACAUGAUCCACGGGGCACUCCCACCAGACUCCCAGUGAUGUUUGCAAGCCAUGAACUCUGUUAGGAAGAUCUUCUCACAGCUAUCAACCCACACCGACGAUACUGUCUGCUGGAUGAGAUUGAGAAACUGGAACAAAUAAACCCAACCUGCCAAAUUCAAAAAGAGAUUCUAACGUUUGCUAGAGAAACCUAAAUGUACAUUUUGAUCUUUAUUAUGAUUUAGACAAAGAAGAAAGUAAUAAAUAAAAUUUAUCUUUACUGAA